AAUAUAAGCGCAUGCGCAUUAUCCGCCAGCGAUAAAAUGCCGACUACCGGCAUUAGCCAUACAAUGCUGGAAGCGCUCUAGCUUUGCAACGGAGCAUUUUCAGAGAAAACCCCACAAACUUCUGACCUUCAUUGCCCGUUGAGUAGGUCAUAUCGUUUGUGAGACGAACAAACAUUCGAAAAGUGAGAUGUAGAGUAACAGACACAUACACACACCCACACAUCCAACUACAGUACACUCGAUGCGCAUGCGCGCCGAGGGUAAUAACGACAAUUCAAGCGCGCUACGGAAAAGUUACGCAAAAUAUAUGUGCACGGAUGACCGUAAAGUUUAGUUGGAGGCAGGAUGCGGUUGCCUUCGUUGUUGCUCUUCGUAGCGGCCUCCUGUGCUUUCGUUCACGGCGAUUGCGACCGUGUUAGCACGCUACCUACCAACAUAUUAUCUGAACGGGAGUACGUGGUGAGAUUGAGCCAGAACUGUGAAGAUCAUACUACAGAUAGUCCCAUAUUCUGUGAGGACAGUGGCUGGGGAGAUGAAGAAGCUAAUGUAGUGUGCAAGAGCAAGAUGAACACAACCUAUGGAUUGGGUGAUUAUAUUAUGUUUGCUGAAACUGAUUACCAAGUUGGCUACGCUCAUGUGUACUGCAUGGGAUAUGAGGAUAGGCUGGAAGACUGUGAAGUGGGGAACCUUACAUCACACAAUUGCUCAUAUCUUGGCAUUGCCCGCUGCCUUGAUGUUCCUCAGGUUCUUGUAUCCAGGGGGAAAAGUUACCAGUAUUUUGAACGAGUAGAAAUUUUCGAGAAUGAAACUGCUGAUUUUUGUGUCAUUGUGUGGGGACCGCUCUCACAACCUCUACAUGUACUAGUAGAAACCACUGACAAUGGUGCGGCAGUGGCUAACUUUGACUAUCGUCCUCUACAACAAACUGUUACAUUUGAGCCGACUAAGUCUUUGAGAUCACAGCAGUGUCUGAAGAUAGAGCUCAUUGAUGACUCUCUGGCUGAGUUCUGGGAGAUGUUCUCUGUUACUAUCUCCACUAACAGCUCUACUGUUAACCUCACUCGACGAGAAUUCAACGUCUUCAUUGGACCAAACGAUGGUGAAUGCAUUGAAGGCAAUGUGACAGGGUCAACUAAUGGCCGUCUUCGGUUGGUAGAGAUGUGUAACAGUGAUGGAGUAUGGUCUCCAAUCUGUGAUAAUGAAUGGACCCAAGAAGAUGCCACUGUCGUCUGCAGAGAACUCGGCUACCAAAAGCCAAAGAGUGUGAGAUAUGAGACCAUCAACAAGACCAUGGUAAAUGCUAUUCAUACUAAUAUUUCCUGUAGAGGCAAUGAAACAGCUCUCAGAGACUGUGUUUCCACUGAGCCUCCAGUCAACACAGUCUGCCAGUUGGCUCUGGUAGACUGCAGUCCUGACGUCACAGUUAUAGUAGAUCCCGAGGUUGAAGACCCUAAUGAUGGUGAUACUGGUGGAGUGAGAAUGCUAGCUGGUGUAUUGUCUGCUGUACUCCUGCUGGUGAUACUUACUGUAGCAGUUGGCAUUGUUGUUGGACUGAAAUGUCAACGUAGAGGUCAAGUCAAGAUCACUACUCCGCACAACCCAGCCUACAAUGUUGUGCAAAGUAAACACAGGGGAGUUGCAAAGCCAACACAGCAAGGGACUUCAGAGGGAAGAACGAAUGUUUCUGCAGUCACAGACUCUCACCACAGUGUCUGCAUGCAGUCUAAUCUUUACAACGUCAUCUCUUCUCAAACUCAGACAUCAGAGGAACUGGAAUAUGACUAUGUACAAGCAACACAAAGUCGAGCGAGCAGGCAGACUGCAGCACCGGACAGUAGUAGGAUGAGGUUCCCUUUGUUGUUGCUCUUCAUAGCGGCCUCCUGUGCUUUCGUUCACGGCGAUUGCGACCGUGUUAGCACGCUACCUACUAACAUAUCUGAACGGGAGUACGUCGUGAGAUUGAGCCAGAACUGUGAAGAUCAUACUACAGAUAGUCCCAUAUUCUGUGAGGACAGCGGCUGGGGAGAUGAAGAAGCUAAUGUAGUGUGCAAGAGCAAGAUUAACACAACCUAUGGAUUGGGUGAUUAUAUUGGGUUUGCUGAUACUGAUUACCAAGUUGGCUACGCUCAUGUGUACUGCAAGGGAAAUGAAGAGAGGCUGGAACACUGUGAAAUUAUAAUUGGAUUUGCUGAUACUGAUUACCAAGUUGGCUACGCUCAUGUGUACUGCAAGGGAGAUGAGGAGAGGCUGGAAGACUGUGAAGUGGGGAACCUUACAUCACACAAUUGCUCAUAUCUUGGCAUUGCUCGCUGCCUUGAUGGUUCUUGUAUCCAGGGGGAAAAAAGUUACCAGUAUUUUGAACGAGUAGAAAUUUUCGAGAAUGAAACUGCUGAUUUCUGUGUCAUUGUGUGGGGACCGCUCUCACAACCUCUACAUGUACUAGUGGAAACCACUGACAGUGGUGCAGCAGUGGCUAACUUUGACUAUCGUCCUCUACAACAAACUGUUACAUUUGAGCCGACUGAGUCUUUGAGAUCACAGCAGUGUCUGAAGAUAGAGCUCAUUGAUGACUCUCUGGCUGAGUUCUGGGAGAUGUUCUCUGUUACUAUCUCCACUAACAGCUCUACUGUUAACCUCACUCGACGAGAAUUCAACGUCUUCAUUGGACCAAACGAUGGUGAAUGCAUUGAAGGCAAUGUGACAGGGUCAACUAAUGGCCGUCUUCAGUUGGUAGAGAUGUGUAACAGUGAUGGAGUAUGGUCUCCAAUCUGUGAUAAUGAAUGGACCCAAGAAGAUGCCACUGUCGUCUGCAGAGAACUCGGCUACCAAGAGCCAAAGAGUGUGAGAUAUGAGACCAUCAACAAGACCAUGGUAAAUGCUACUCAUAUUUCCUGUAGAGGCAAUGAAACAGCUCUCAGAGACUGUGUUUCCACUGAGCCUCCAGUCAACACAGUCUGCCAGUUGGCU